AUGCCUCCGAAAAAAACCAAACAAACUACCGAGAAGGAAAGCUCUCCUUCAUCGGUGAGAAGAUCUUCUCGGCAAAGAACAGUCAAAAAGACACUAAUCGAAGACGACCUAGAUUUAUUUGAAGAAGAACCCGAGAUAGAAAAGACACAAAAAAGACGCGCUAAGAAAACAGCAGCUUCAAGAAGCAAUCGAGCGAAAAAAUCUUGUCACGAACAAGCUGAUAUAUCUAUAGAUGAGACCUCACGUAGUCAAGAAGGGGAAAUGGAGGGAAUUAUGGAGGAAGAUGUCAAGGAUGAAGAUACCAAAGAGGAUGACGCGUCUCCUUUACCUCAACAAACAAAUAAUGAAGACAAUAUUAAAUUGGAAACAGGAUCUUCUAUAGUUAAUCGAUCCAAAGAUGAUGAUACCGAUACCGAUCCAAUUGUUCAGCAAAGGUGGGAAUCUAUUAAAGAACGACUUUUUGAAAUUCCCAAGAUCCCUAAACCGCCUUACAAGGAUUAUCAAGACAAGUUACUGGUGAAACAUCCUUGGAUGAAAAAGAGGGAUAUAGAUUAUCUUCACAAGCUCCUCACCGAUCCAAAAUCUGAAUUAGGAUAUAAAGUUAUAAAGCAUAUUAUAAAUUAUAAUGUGUACAGUAAUUUCACGAAUGAACAAAAGGCACGCCUUUUGAACCUUUUACCACGUUCAGAAUUGGUUCCGAUCGCAAGUGAUGCUGGUGAACCCAUUGAUACACCGCGAAUAGAACGAGAACGCCAAUCAAUGGGAUUAAAAUUAUAUGAGGCUGGAAUAACGGAUGUAAUAACAGAAACAGAUCCCCUCAAGGUUGUUCCACGCUUCGAUUUUUGGCUAUCAGAUGCGUUUAAAGACGCUCGAUGGUGGUUUCAAUUGAGCAUAAGAUACGGAUACUUUACAAAAAUAGGCGUUGACACUCAAUGGACUAAUCUGGAAAAGUUUAAAACUGAAAUUCCUGAUGUUUGGAAAAACGACGCCUACGAACAGGAUUGGGGUAUUGGGUUAUGGGGAAAAAUGGGAAAUAAACAAAUCGCCGGCGAUUCCGCUCAAAUAACGCUUCCGGAUUUGGCCAAAGCAUUGAUAAUUAAACCGAAUGACACUUUAAAAUAUAAGCGACAAUUUAAAAAUAUCGGUGUGACAGUGAGCAUGGAUGUGAAGGUGAUUUCUAUUAAUGAAUCGAACGGACAUCUACAGAUUAAGCUGAUUAAAGGCAAGCAAAGUAAAACUCUUGACGACAUUCAUAAUCCAACUCGUCUUGAGAACGAGCUUUUGGAUUUUGAUGGUCAAGUACCAAAAAAAUCGCGUCCCAACGGCAACGCCUUUAAAAACUUUUCCAUUCAACGUUCUGCAGAAUACACCCCAAGUUUAUUUGAAGCUAGAAAGGAAUAUUGGGCAAAGAACCAAUAG